GACGUCGAGACCGAGAACGAGCUGCAGAUGGUGAACUGAUAUUUGUCUCGAGAUCGAUCGCCUGUGUAGUCUCUUUAUGUUAAGACUCAUGCAUCACCAUGUCACGAUGGAAUGAUAUAAAAUAUGAGAAAUAAUGUCUUGAAAUUGAAGCUACCAUAUCAAGGUCCCUGGAUUAUCUUGAGCUGAGAAUGUUCAGCUACAUUCAGCAAUCAAGAUAUCUUCAUUUUGCGGAUGUACUUUGCCGUCAGCUGAUUUGUGAUUUUGCUUGUUCUGAUAAUAAACAUACAUAAAUAUGACGAUUUACAAGACCGAAGCACGAAUCUAUUCCCCGAAGGCUGUUAAAGAUAUAUCAUCACAGCCGCUUGAGCAACAAUGCAAAGAUUGCGAAGACAUCGGGUGCAAUGAAGCAGACUGUCAAUUUGACUGUGACUGCGAGACGGGGAAUACAGUGACGGUUGUGCGCCGGCAGUCAAGGCCGUGCAGUACUUGGGCACUGGGCGCCAUAUGUACAGUGACGGUCGGGUUGUGUAUUGUCUUGGCAGGUUUACUCUAUGUGGCAACUCGAUCGACGAUGAACCCGGUGUACUGCCAGUUGACCUUCCCUCCCGACCCGGUCGUCAACGAAACCUGCGAAGAGACCAUUGGAGUCCAGGAGCAGAAGCAGAUUGAAACCAUUGACAUCCCCAAGUUCAACAGCAACCAUCACAUCACCGUCAUGGCAGACUUUAGUGUGCAAAUUACUGCUUUCCGUGACAACGAAGACAAGCGGUGCUUCCUUAUGAAUCACACAAACUCCCUCUUUGAGAGCCCAACAAACGUACUCGAGUUCAUCAGAGGUUACAAGGCUGGUGACCACUUGACCCAACUGAAGACAAUCUACGCUAAGAUGCAAGUUCAGGGGCCAGCGGUGAACAUGACGGCUUUGGCUAUGAGCGUCCAGACUCACUGCUUUCAGAUCUCGACCUUUUGGCUUCACUCUACCCAGGAGAUCGAAGAAGGUGCUCUGGUGAAGAGAAGUGUGGACUCCCAGCCAGGCCUAUCAAUGGUCUUCUUCAACGGCAAGAAGAACGUCCAUGUUGACAUCAUGGGAGCCUAAAAACGAAAUGCUCGGUUCAAAUCUACACAAGGUUUGCACAAAUGACCCAAUCGAUGAAUCUACGUUGCAAUAUACAUGUACCCAGGAUUGUACAUGUAAGAGUAAGAAAGUGAAAAUGUAUCAAAUUAUAUUUGUAAAAUAAUUAAUGGACCAGUUGAAUUGGUAUAUAAUUUCUCACUAUUUCUGUUCAUAGUAGAUGUGUAUUAUUAACAAUUUACAUUUUAAGUGAUACUAUGAAUUUGAAUUUGUGAAUAUUCUUUUUUUUUUAAAUAGUAAAGAUCAAACACUAAUAAAAGGCCAGUCUCAGGAGGAUUAGAAGUGAUAAAUUUUUAUUGUUAUAAGCAAGGGUUUAAUAUUGAAAUUCUUUUAUUUGCAACAUAAACAAAGAUAUAUCUUUUUUAAAGAGUAGGCAAUAAAUCAGAAUUUAUUUUGAUAGUAACAGAAUUUAUGAUUAUAGUAAAUGAAAGAAAUUAAAAAUGCAAUUUAUUACAGCUUUUGUAUCCACACUUCCGAGUGUUAAAGGGGUAAAAAUUGUCAUAUAUACAUGUAUUAUUGGAAGAUUAAACAUUUUAAAAAUUUAACAUUUAAAUGCAUUUAUUUUAAUUGAAAGUACUAGAACAUUUAGUCAUUGCUCACAGCAUUGGGUUCAGUUGACUGAAAAACUAUUUCGUCCCUGAUUUCACAAAGCGAAAACUAUUUUUGCAUGGCAUUAACAGGUUCACACUCAUUAUUAAAGGCUCUUGUGCAUUGUACAUAUGGGUUUCCUCAAACUGUUGCUUCAUGAAAACAAGGUGACAACGCUUCUUUGUUUUUUUAUUUCUCCAAAAAUUUGGAGAAUCAUGAAAAGGAACAAACAAAGAAUUGCAUCAUAAGAUGUGGAUAUUAUGCCAGGAAUAUUUGAAAGAAGUAUACUCGAAACUAUUAACUUCUUUUUUUUUUGCAUACUCGUCCAUCACUUCGUGAAAACGGACCCUUUUCUUUUAUACUAAAAUGCAGUAUUGAAUAUUGUCGCAAUUAAAGAACAAAUUUUUGAAAAAGUAUGGUUAUUAUAUACUGCAAUGAAUUCAAUUGAAAUGUUUUUAUUAUUUGUUUUGACUAUCUCAAGUAUUAAUGUGUAAUAUGCUGUAUUUACAAAUAUUAUUUUAUUGAAUAAUUUGUAGCAGUGUUAUUGUUUCCUUUGGUUACUUGUAUAUCAGCAAAACAGGUAUGCUCAUUUAAAGGUGUAAAUAAAGUCAAUCAUGUGAACAAAACUGUAAUUAAGCUACAUGUACAACAGAACUUGUGUGGUACAGUGGUAGUUAUAUGAAUAGACUUGUUUACUAUUAAAAUGAUUUAAAUUUUUAUUAGCGUCUUUGUUUCCUGGAAAGUUAGUAACAAUGUGUAUGUAUUCCUUUCGCUCGUUAGUAAUAAAUUAAUUACAUUAAUUGGAAUCCAGUUCGCAUACAAACUUGUUGCUAUGAUACAGGCAAGAAAUUAUUAUUAUUUUUUUUUCAGUGGCUACUUUUCACAACUUAUGGCGCAGUUAGUGAGUCGAAAACAGUCGUUUGAAUAUUUUUUUGUGUACCAGCUACGUACAGGUGGUUUGAAUAAAAAUGAGUAAAAUGGCUGUUUUUUACUCGCCGUUGGUCGCUGUAGGGGGAAUAUGGCUGCACCAUCAAUGUCUAAAUCUGCAACAAUGUACAUGUAUGAGCUGUAAAUGAGAUAAAUAGGGAUUUUUAAGUUUCCAGGGCCCAUUUGAGCAUUUUGAGGGUUAAACCACCCCUCCCGCCCCACUGUAAUUUUUUCCCUGUUGCUAUAUCGGGCAAUCUCUAAUAAGCAUUUGUUUAUUAUUAGUAUACAUGUACAUGUACAACAUAAUGAAUUUUGAAUAUGUUUGUAUAAAAGCAGGUCUGUUGGAUAUGUUUUUGUGCUUGCAGUGUAUAUUGCUUGCAGUUCUAAUACGCAUAAUGUUUUAUAGAAGUUAAGCACUAACAAAUAGGUAUUUAUCCCAAGGUUCAUUCGAGCAGUUCCCUGAUUCAAGUAUAUUGGACAGAUACAUGUAGCAAAGAAAACAAAUAUUUGAUUUGAAGAAUCAAAUUUCAAGUAGGUUAGAGAACUUCUGUAAAUAUUUAAGUUGCAAUCCUGUAGUCAUAUGUGCAGGCACAGGUGGUGUUACUCCUGAAUGUUUUAGCCGUCGCAUGCCGACAUACUGUAUGUAUUGCCGGCUGUUCCCCCCUCCCCUCCCCCGUCAAUCCCAUUUCUUUAUAAUAUCAAGCAUUUCAUUUUUGAUACCACGAAUUCUGUUUAUUAAACAACAUAACAAGAAUUCAAACUUUUAUAUGAAGAAUUAUUCUUGUAGGUCAAAAAAAAAUCAAAUUUAAUGGCUGAGUUGGUAGAGCGUCCGUCUCACUACCUGUUCUUGCUGUUUUUUGAGAGGGUACAACUUUCGGAAGUUCAAGCCCCGGCCGGCCGCAUCAGUCCAAAACGACGUUAAAAGAUGAGAGUUGCUGCUACCCUAUUUGGCAUUCAAUGAUUUAAGAGAUAGGGCAAUGUCAAUCCGACGUGGCACAGUGGCUGCCGGGCCCAUGAUCUUUUCUGAGUAUUUCUUUUUUAGAUUUGUAUUUUGAACAAUAAAAUUUGGAUUUUCAUUUUCAUUGAUAGAAAAAUAUUGGAUAAAAAACUGCUUGCAGUAGCCUGCAGACAUCGGCAUACGCUGGCUGAAAUGUUCAGGUCUGACUGUCCAACUGUAGAUUUCCAAUUUGUGAAGUGGUGUUAAUAGUCAUGCAUGCUUUUUUUCCUUCUAUACAUGUACAUGUAUGUAUUUUAUUCUUUCGUGUGUAAUAUCAGGUAACUCAUAUUAAAUGGAGAUGAUUUGUGACAUAGUUUAGGUGUUGUUUUAUUUUGUAAUUAGGUAUAUCAUAUGAAACCACAUUAUUCUUUUCCUUGUGACGCGAAACCCAAAUAUACACCACUGCACAAUAUUUUAAACUCUUCUGAAUCUUUCUUUUUCAUAUUUUCUGACCCCUACGUGUUCCUCUCUUCAUCCGACUCUCCCCUUCUCAUCAUGCUUUUCUCUUUUAUGACAAACAUCUUUAUGUAUCAGUGUUUUGUAUGGUUGCUUGUAGUGCCUUUUUUUCCCUCGACUCUCUUUCCUAUAACUCCAUUACUUAUUUCAAUUUUCCUCGUCACUUGAGCAUGUUUCCCGCUUUCCUUUUCUUUUUGUUGUUGUGCCCUCUAUUUCAUUUAAUUGUUAUCUUUUUCUUUCCUAUUUUUAUUGAUUCCUUAUCUCAAUUUUGUUUUUAAUUUUCAAUUUCCAUGCAUGUCAAAAAUAAGGACCAUUGUUUGAAGGAGACACAUUUACUCAAAGCCCUUCUAUACAUGUAAAUGGAGUGGAGGGCUUAGUUGUACUCUUUAUAUUCUUGGAGGAUUUCAAGUUUAUUUCAAGGCUAGAGGAUUUUAUUGUUGAUAAACUUGCAGAGGAGGGUUCAAAAAAUAUACAAGAAUAAAGAUUUUUUUUCUUCAACUGAAAAAAAAGGAGAAAUCUUGAUUUUUAGAGGUCAGGUGUGGAUGAAAUAUCUUAUUGAAAAAAUACUACAUUUGCAGUAUGAAAACAUAUACAUGUACGUGUAAUUUCAUUUGCAUUCUCUUCUCAGGUCGGGGACCGUUUCAUAAUAGUUAUCGGCACUGACAAGUUGUCGUUUAUUUGGCAGUUACCAUAGUAAUGGUCAGACUCUUGACCAAUCAAAAUCAAGGAAAGGAUGUUGGACCCGUCAACUUGCCAGACAGCAAAUACUGAUGAAAGCUCCCUGCUAAUGUUUCUUAUACAUGUACUUGUAAAUGUCUUCACUAUCGUCUGUAUAUUUUGUCUCCAAGUUUUAAGCAUAUUUCCGAUCCUUUCUUAUCUUUGAACGUUGCAAUAUAACAGACAUGGAAGUUUUCUAGAAUUAUAUCCAUUAUAUCAUUUAUAGUCAUUAUGAACUGGCAAGUAUGGUCACAUAUGUACAAAAUAUACAUGUACAGGUAUAUCCAAAAAUGUAUUAAGCAUGUGGUAAUUGUUUACUAUCUCAUAUGAUAGUAUGCUGUUUAUGCAUGUUUUAGUCAAUUGUAUAAUCGUUUUGUAGUAGUCGUUAGCAGCAACUUGAAAUGUAAAUAAUGCUAUGCAUGUAUAAAAUCAUGAAGAGAACAAAAAAUUGUAAUAUCAGGGAAAAGGGAUAUUGAAAAUGGCUAUUUUCAAUUCUUUCUGAAUAAUUUUUUGGUCAGACACUGAAUACUUUUCCAAAAAGUGGGAAAAUUGAUGGACAAAAGUUAUAUUUGAAUAUUUUUAAUCAAAACUGUGAAAGUUGAGAGACCGUUUCGUGAAUGCUGAAAAUGCUAUGCAUGUAUAAAAUCAUGAAGACAACCAAAAAUUGUAAUAUCAGGGAAAAUUGAAGAUGAAGAUGGCUAUUUUUUCAAUAUUUCAGAAAUUUUUUUUGGUCAGACACUGAAUACUUUUCCAAAAGGUUGUUUAAUUGAUUGAAAAAAUGUAUAUUUCAAUAUUUUUAAUCAAGACCGUGAAAGUUUGAGGGACCUGUCUCGUGAAAACUGUAGACAAGUACAAGUUGUCAUUAAUGGACAGUUGCCAUAGUAACAGUCAGGCUAUGCUUCGUAGCCAAUCAAAACCAAGGUUUUUUGUCAGAUCUGACGACUUUUCAGACAAAAUAUGUUGAUGAAAUGCCUUGUAAGGAGCGGCUUUCAUUUGUUCAUGUGAUGGUGGAAACAUUUUGCCAGACAUGCCAAACCCGUGAAAGUUUGCUUAACUUUAUAUCAAUAUAUUGAUGACCUUUUCAAACCCCUACUUUUCAUGUUUCACAAAGCUUGAAAUAUGAAAAUUGUACCGAGCUAUUUUUCGACAUCCAUGUCUUUGGGAAAGUAUUCAGUAACCUACGAAGACAAAUGUAAAAUAUAUAUAUGAAAAUUCAUCUACAAUGUAAGAUCGUUUUAUCAACAAUCUAUUUAGUUUUUCGUAGGCUUUUUGGGGAUUUAUAUUGAUAUCAUCAUUAUCAGAAUUGUGUAUGCAUGUAGGAAUUUUAUUAUUAUGAAAUAAAUUUAAACAACAGAAGAGGUCUUUUGAGUGGAUUUUAAGUUCCUUAAAAAAAUGCCUUUUUAAAUGAAGUGAAAUUGUAAGAGUUCUUGGUUUAGUUGUUCCCCCUGGCCUUUUUGGUAUUGUAUUCCUUUGCUAAGUAUUAUUUUAUGUACCCUUAUAAAAAAAAAUCGGAAAAGACCUUUUAAAAAUAUUGAAAUAAGUUUCAUUCCAAAAGUUCAUGCAAAAUUAUGAAGAAAAAAAAGAGAAUUGAAUAUGGAAUAAAGUCUUACACUUCUACAAC